CUUUGCCUCCUGCAGAAGCAUACCGCCCGCCGCUGGGGUUGUGUGUGAGGGGAGCCCUCCCGGCGGCCAGGGCCCGGGCGGCGCUCUCCAGGAAGCGGGCAACAACGUCGCCGACGGCACGCGGGUCGUGGUGAGCUAUCCGCUCAUCGCUGGAGGAACGGACGGGAACGGGCAACCAUUGGCCGCGCCGCAGUUCGGGACUCCGAUCGGCAAGCACAUGCCUGCGUGAGACGCAGCCGCGAAGCGCAUGCCGGCCCUUUGCAGGCCAAGGCGCUGAGGGGCAGGAGAUAACGCCGGACGCCCUUCCCGGAUACGGCGAUACUCCUCAGACGCGCCAGAUCUGCAAGGGUAUGGCUUUCCCCUAAAUGAUUCCGGCCUGCUGCUGGGCCUGUCAAGCCCGGCGAAGUCUUUGACCGGCUCCCGGAGCGGGGGGCCGGUCGGGCGCCCGCGUUCCAAAGUAGUGGGGCAAUGGGUUGCCGCCCGGUGGCAUUUCGAUGGUGGGAUCGAUGGGCGCCUGGGCCUGGCCUGCCCCCGCUGCUUGUGCGUCGUCAAAAGGCGCGGGAGCGGGCAGAAGGACAGCGGAAAGAAAGAGAGGGGCGAAAAGCGGAGAGGGAUGCCGUUUCGCGUUUUUUUUUCGGCGCCCGCGGAGUUCGGAACAGCAUCGAGGACCUCACCACUUUCGGGCAUUCGUCAGUCUUCCUUCACCGAAAGUGUCUGUUGACACGGCGAAGAGAGCCAUCCUGCAGAAGGCCGACUCUGUCCCUUGUUCGAAUCUUGGAAAGAAGACCAGGCCGCCAAGCGGAGGCAGGAAGGUCGGCCCGUUUGUUUCUUCUGGCGCUCGCCAAACGUACGAGAACGCGCAGGACGCGAGAAGGGCGUGGGCUCGAGUUUGGCGAGCCGGAUGGGGAGGUGGCUCCCAACGCGCUGGAGGCGUUCGAGGACCAGAACGGCAGAGAGUGGGCCGGCCGCGCGCAUCGCCCCCCAUCUUGUUCAAAACGUAGGAAACUGCGCGACAAGAUACCGACGCGAGCCAGCGCCGUGCCCCGCCCCGCCCGCGCUCGCCCUUGCUUCUUUCCGGGGCUGGCCCCGAGCGCCCCGGGGCCGGCUGCGUGCGCCAUCGAUCUGCAACCAAUCCAACCGAGCGCGGUCGCGCAGGCUGGCUGCCAGCCCCUUCCCGUUCCUGAUUAUGGCGCCCGCACGGCACAUGCCCCCCCCGCCCGCUUCGCUGGCAUACGCAAAAGCGGCCGGCGAGGCAGGGUUGUAGGUCAGCA